AAGUCCGUUUCCUGAAACGCAUACUUUUGGAUUAGGAAGAACACACCCAGUGACACAAGGGAGGUUUGAAGGGGGAAAAAAAGUUUCAACUGUAAGUGUGCAGCGGAGGAACAAGAGGGCCGACAGGUCCUUGUGGGUUUUCUUUCGCUUAACGCGGUUUUUGGACUCCGGGCUUUGGUGGCUUUUAAGUCAAGCUGAGUUUGAAGUGGAGCUCGGAGUAAAGAAGGUGGACAGUUGUCAAGACGAGGAUGUCAACUUCAGAAGAGACGGACGGACUGCGGCCAAGAUAUGGCUCUGUCCUGGAUGGCGUCGAGCGACUCACGGCAGAGGAGAUGGAUGAGAGGCGGCAGCAGAACAUGGCCUAUGAGUAUCUGUGUCAUCUUGAAGAGGCCAAAAGAUGGAUGGAGGCCUGUUUGGAUGAAGAGUUGCCUCCUACUACAGAACUAGAGGAGGGCCUGCGGAAUGGUGUGUAUCUUGCCAAACUCGGCAACUUCUUUGCUCCACGCACCGUCUCCCUUAAGAAGAUCUAUGACCGCGAGCAGACGCGUUACAAGGCGACAGGACUCCAUUUCAGACACACUGAUAACGUAAUCCAGUGGCUCAAUGCCAUGUCUGAGAAGGGGCUGCCAAAGAUCUUCUACCCUGAGACUACAGACAUAUAUGACAGAAAGAACAUGCCACGCUGCAUUUACUGCAUACAUGCACUAAGCCUGUACCUGUUUAAGCUGGGCCUCGCCCCACAGAUUCAGGAUCUCUAUGGGAAAGUAGAUUUUACUGAGGAAGAGAUCAACAACAUGAAGAGUGAGCUGGAAAAGUAUGGGAUCCAGAUGCCUGCCUUCAGCAAGAUUGGCGGCAUUUUGGCCAAUGAGCUCUCAGUGGAUGAAGCUGCAUUGCACGCUGCUGUGAUUGCUAUCAACGAGGCUAUCGACCAGGGUGUCCCGGAGGGCACAAUGGCGGCAAUGCAAAACCCCAAUGCCAUGUUGGUCAACCUCGACCCCAACUCUGCACAGCAAUACCAAAACACAUUAUACCAGGCCAAAGGAGCGAAGGUGGCCAACUCACGGAAACGGCAAAUGGAAAAUGUUGCCGCUGAGAGAGAUAUUUAUGAUGAGCUCCUCACUCAAGCUGAAAUCCAGGGCAAUGUUAACAAAGUCAAUGUGAAUAAGGCCUUAAGUGCUGCUGAACAAGCAUUGCUUGGCGGGGAUGCGGAUAAGUUAUACGAGGCAUUGAAGGCCAUGGGCAUUCAGAACCUGCUGGCCCAGAACAAAGGCUGGUACCUGAAACAACUCCAGGCCGACAGAGAGAACAAAGAACUAGCAUCGCCAGGCCUAGCACUGACUAAGGAUGAGCUGCAGGCUGGUGUGGACGUGGCAAAUGACUUAGCAGAAAGCUACUUAAAAAUGUUGAAGGCAGUGGAGCGUAUCAACUUUGCCAUUAGGGAAGGAGAAGCAGAGAACACUGUUAAAGAGCUGAUGAACCCUGACGCUCAGCUUCCUGAAGUCUAUCCCAGUGCUGCAAAUCUUUAUCAGCGAGAGCUGGCCAGCUUGCACCAGCAAAGUCCAGAGUGCUCCCUAUCACAUUCAGAGCUUCUUGUGGCAGUUGAGAUGCUGUCAUCAGUAGUUCUGAUAAACGAAGCAAUUGACGUUGGGGAUCGAGACACCCUCUGGAAACAACUGUCUAGCUCCAUCACAGGACUUGGUAACGUGGAGCCUGAAUAUGCACAAAGAUACAUGGAUGAGUUGAUUCGCCUUAAGGCUGCAGCAAGGGAGGAGGGCUGUGAUUAUCUCACGUGGAAUGACAUACAGGCCUGUAUUGAUCAGGUCAAUAUGUCUGUACAGGAGGAGCAUGAACGUAUUGCAGCUAUUGGACUGAUCAAUGAAGCCUUGGAUGAAGGGGAUCCCAUGAAGACCCUGGCCGCGCUACAGAACCCGUCAGCCAAGCUUACAGAUGUAGACCCAUUUGUGGCUCAGCACUACCAUGACAAACUGCUGGAAGCCCGCAGGGAGAAGGCUCAUGAGACGCAAGAUCCUUCUGCUGUGCUUUGGCUGGAUGAGAUCCAGGAUGCUAUUCUAAAGGCUAACCAGGACACAAAGGACGCUUUGUUGUUCUCUCAGAGUAUCCAUGCCAUCAACGAGGCGGUGGAUAAUGGUGAUGCAGCUCAGACGGUCACAGCGCUACGUAACCCUGGUGCAGGACUUUAUGGAGUCACCUCUGAAUGUGCUCAGACCUACCAAGAUGACUUGGCCAAAGCUAAAGAAGAGAAAAAGAAAGAUGGUGAUAACAGCAGUGAGUGGGUACAACACUGGGUGAAGGGUGGACACAACUACUACUACAACCUGAAUACAAAAGAGGGUACCUGGGUGGAACCAGAAGGGUUCAUACCUAACCACACACAGUUAAACAAGGAGGACAUUCAGUCUGUAGUCUCAGGGGUAACCACAGCUUACAAUAGAGAGCAGCUGUGGUUGGCAAACGAAACGCUCAUUACCAAGCUGCAAGCUCGUUGCCGUGGAUACCUGGUAAGGAAAGGCCUAAAGGAGCGGAUGAACUUCCUAAAAUCACAAGAUCCAGCUGUUACAAAAAUACAGGCUCACUGGAAAGGCUACAAACAGAGGAAGGAAUUCCAGGAGCGUAAAAAGUAUCUAGAAGAUCACAGUGACGAUGCUGUAAAGAUCCAAUCAAUGGUUCGAAUGCAUCAAGCUCGCAAGAAGUACAGAGAUCGCCUGAAGUACUUCAAAGAUCAUAUCAAAGAUGUGGUGAAGAUUCAGGCUUUCAUCAGAGCAAACAAGGCUCGGGAUGACUACAAGACGCUGAUUAAUGCUGAAAAUCCACCUAUGGCGGUGUUGAGGAAGUUUGUCCAUCUGCUGGAUCACAGUGACCAGGACUUCCAAGAAGAGUUAGAACUGAUGCGCCUCCGUGAGGAAGUGAUCACCAAUAUCCGCUCCAAUCAGCAGCUGGAGAAUGACCUGAACCUGAUGGAUAUCAAGAUUGGUCUGCUGGUGAAGAACAAAAUCACCCUGCAGGAGGUGGUUUCACACAGUAAGAAGUUGACCAAGAAAAACAAGGGUCAGCUUUCAGACAUGAUGAUGAUGAACAAACACAGAGGUGGUCUAAAGGCCCUAAGCAAGGAGAAGAGAAUCAAACUAGAAGCUUACCAGAACCUCUUCUACCUUUUACAGACCAAUCCCACAUAUCUCGCCAAGUUGAUCUUCCAGAUGCCUCAGAAUAAAUCAACAAAAUUUAUGGAUUCUGUAAUCUUCACCCUAUAUAAUUAUGCCUCAAACCAGAGAGAGGAGUACCUGUUGCUUAAGCUGUUUAAGACUGCCCUGCAGGAGGAAAUCAAGUCAAAAGUUGACCAGAUGAAGGAGAUUGUCACAGGAAAUCCGACUGUCAUAAAAAUGGUAGUAAGUUUUCACCGAGGUGCGAGGGGCCAGAAUGCACUGAGACAGAUCUUGGCACCAGUUGUGAAGGAGAUCAUGGAUGACAAAACGCUUAACAUCAAGACCGACCCCGUGGACAUCUAUAAGAGCUGGGUCAACCAGAUGGAAAUGCAAACCGGAGAGGCCAGUAAGCUGCCAUACGAUGUAACCCCUGAGCAGGCAAUGUCCCAUGAAGAAGUUCGGAAUAGACUGGAAGCCUCUAUCAAGAGCAUGAAGGCAGUCACUGACAAGUUCCUUUCUGCCAUAAUUGUCUCUGUGGAUAAAAUUCCCUACGGGAUGCGUUUUAUCUCCAAAGUCCUUAAAGACACCCUCCAUGAGAAAUUUCCAGAUGCGACAGAGGACGAACUGCUUAAGAUCGUGGGGAACCUUUUGUAUUACCGUUACAUGAACCCGGCAAUUGUUGCGCCAGAUGCCUUUGACAUCAUUGAGAUGUCAGCAGGUGGUCAGCUAACUACUGAGCAGCGCCGAAACUUGGGCUCUGUAGCAAAGAUGCUGCAGCAUGCUGCCUCCAACAAGAUGUUUCUCGGGGAUAACGCUCACCUAAAUCCCAUCAAUGAAUAUCUCAGCAACUCUUAUCAAAAGUUCAGGCGAUAUUUUUUGACAGCAUGUGACGUUCCCUCACUUGAAGAUAAAUUUAAUGUGGAUCAGUACUCUGAUUUGGUCACUGUCACCAAACCUGUCAUUUACAUCUCUAUUGGAGAAAUGAUAAACACACACACACUUCUUCUGGAUCAUCAGGAUGCCAUUGCCCCAGAACACAAUGAUCCCAUACAUGAGCUGCUGGAGGACCUGGGAGAGGUUCCGACUGUAGAGGCUCUCAUUGGUGAAAAUCCUCUCCAACCUGGUGACCCCAACAAGGAGCUAAUGGGCAAGACUGAGGUUUCACUUACACUGACGAAUAAAUUUGAUGUCCCUGGUGAGGCAAAUAGUGAAGUGGAUGCCAAGACCCUUCUACUCAACACCAAGAGGCUGAUUGUGGAUGUGAUCCGGUUCCAGCCUGGGGAUACUCUGACUGAGAUACUUGACACAACAGCCAGUCCAAACCAGGAAGCAGAAUAUCAACGAGCGAUGCAGAGGAGGGCCAUACGUGAUGCUAAGACGCCGGAGAAGAUAAAGCAGGUCAAACCUGUGGUGGAUGACAGCUUAACAUUACAAGGGAAAAAGGAAAAGAUCAGGACAAACUUGCAGCGAUUAGCAGAGCUUGGCAAAGUUAAUCCAGAGAACCGCUAUCAGGACCUCAUCAAUGACAUAGCCAAGGACAUCCGGAAUCAAAGACGUUAUCGCCAACGCAGAAAAGCCGAACUCGUAAAACUCCAGCAAACCAACACGGCGCUGAAUUCAAAGACCAAGUUUUACAAUGUGCAAAUUGAUUCAUACAAUCAGUAUAUAAAAACGUGCAUGGACAACUUGGCCUGCAAGGGAAAGCUGUCAAAGCCUGGUGCCAACAAGGCCAAGAAGAGUAAACAAGUCUCACAGAAAUACACCGCCUCACGUCUACAUGAGAAGGGAGUACUGAUUUCAAUAGAAGAUCUGCAACCCAACCAGUUCAAGAAUGUUAUUUUUGAAAUUUCUCCAGCUGAGACUGUUGGAGUGUUUGAAGUGAAGGCCAAGUUAAUGGGGGUCCACUUGGAGACAUUACAACUAGAAUAUCAGGAUCUCCUCCAACUGCAGUACGAAGGUGUGGCAGUGAUGAAGCUUUUCGACAGGGCGACAAUCAAUGUCAAUCUGCUUAUUUUCUUGCUCAACAAGAAAUUUUAUGGGAAAUAGGGAUACAUUCUUAAGAAGGCAACAGACUGAUUAGACCACAAAAAGGCAUGCUGAAAGUCUCGACGAAAACAAUUAUGGUUGUUAAAGUUUCCCCGAUGCACUUUUCCUAAGUGCCUUUGCAAAUAUAUUUUACAUAACCAUACGUCUGGUUUGUAAUUGAACACUCCCUUUGUGGCAAUCCUGCCAACACAACCCAAAUAUUUGCUCACGUCUUUAAUGUGAUUGUAGGCAUGGCAAAUGUUAGAGUUGUAUUAUUUUUUUCUUUAGAUAUUAUGAAUAUCUUGCGCACACAGGCUGAUCACUUAUAAAAUCGAUUUUUUUUUUUCAUGUAAAGAGAUUGUGUUUUUAUUUGCCGUUUGUUGAUUUGAUGACUUGACUGAGGAAUAGCUUGAUAAGCAUCUCUUCGCCAAUGCCUUGAGUGCUUACAAUUUUUUCAGCAGCCGGGCUUUGGAAGAAACCUAAUCCUGGACUUCUAACUGGGUAUUUGUAUGUUUUGUAUUGCUUUUUUAAAAAAUAUAUUCAAAAGAAACCCAAGAGAGUAAAACAAUGUAUUUGUAUGUUUUUAAGUAUGGACAAACAUUCAUAGAUUUGGAUUUGAUUCAGCUCACUCACCCUUUAUUGACAAAUAUUUUUAUUACAAUAUAAAGUCACAUUUCACGAGAUGGAACUUUGGCCAUUGCCUUCCCGCUCAAUAAAUUCUUCUUAAAUGCAUGAUCUUAGAAGUAAAUUUAUACCAAUAGCUACAAAAAAAAAAAAAAAAAAAACAGUUAAAUGCAGCUGAAAGUGAAAAUUAAAGAUUUGAAGAAGACACCUGUUGUUUGAUGUUGUCAGGGCAACUGCAUUCCCUUCCUGUUUUCAGCCUGAAAACAUGUUCUGGUUCAUCAUUGCUCAACAUUCCUGUGUUUCCUUGUAUUAUUUGUCUUUUUCACAUUUGAUUUAAUUAAAUUAAUAAUCUCAUGUUUAUUUGUAUCAUGUUACAAAAGUUUGCAAAAAAUGCUUAUCUGUACAAUAUAAAGUAGAAUGCAAAGAUGUCAACUGGAGACACAUUUUCUAAUUUAUGAUAGUUUUGUUUACAAUGUACGUUUGCCUAUAUUUAUAUUUUACUUUUGAACCAUUCAGCAUUGCGCUGUUACUAAUGUUUGGAAAGCUAAUGUUGAUAUUGGAACAUGAGCUGGGGAAUCUGCAGUAUUGAAUCCAGUAGAUGGCACUCAGCAUUGCGCUGUUACUAAUGUUUGGAAAGCUAAUGUUGAUAUUGGAACAUGAGCUGGGGAAUCUGCAGUAUUGAAUCCAGUAGAUGGCACUCUACAAUGUGGUUUUUAAAGUGAGGGAUCCAAAUUCUUUUCAUUCCACUUUUUUCCUCUCAAACAACAAUAUGUCAGUUGUUAGUGUUAUGUAAUGGAGUCCCGAUGAGCUGCGGAUGCUCUGGGUCAUACUUUCAUCAUAUUUAAUGUGUCCUUGCUUUAGAAUAAAGCUUGUAAUUAUGCAACA